AUGAAUGACCAUCACGAAUCCUUACACCAGCUGAGCUUAGUGUUAAAUGAUCUCCGUCUGGAGGGAGAGUUUUGUGACGCAGUCAUCAAAGUCCGGGACAUCAAAUUUCAAGUCCAUAAGAUCGUCCUCUGUCGAUGCAGCCCUUACUUCAUAGCUCUCUUCAAACGCUGGCUACCUCCAGACGAACAGAUCGUUGACAUACCCGGCUUGUCUCCUGACACAAUGAAGCUCAUCAUUGAGUUUGCAUACACCGGCUCUGUUUCUGUGACCGAGGACAACGUACAGGAGCUGCUGCUUGCUGCUGAUCAGUUCAACAUAAUGCACAUUGUGCAAAUUUGCUGCAACUUCCUGGGAGAGCGUCUUUGCCCUGAGAACUGCAUUGGCAUCUUUCAGCUCACCAACUUCAUCUUCCACUUAGAACUGCGGCACAAGGCCUACGGGUACAUCAUUGCUCACUUUGAGGAGGUUGUUGUUUGCACUGAGGAGUUCCCGCAGCUCUCUGUGCAGGAACUCAUUGACAUCCUUCAACCUGACGACCUCAAUGUGAGAUCAGAGAGCACUGUGUAUGAGGCCAUCCUGCACUGGAUCUCCUACAAACCUGAGGAGAGACACAGAUACAUAGCUGAACUCCUAUCUAAGGUCCGAUUGGCCUUGUUGAAUCUGGACGAUCUGAUGAUCAAUGUGAUGUCCAGUGAGCUGGUGAUAAACAACUAUGAGUGCCAGCUGAUGAUCAAAGAAGCCCAUGACAUCGUAUGUCACAUCAGGACAAACACGACCCGUCUAAAUCGUUUCAGCUGCCACCGCCUCGCCCGGCCUCGCCUGCCUAAUGCCAUCCUGUUGGCUGUUGGCGGCUGGAGAGCUGACGAGGCCGCCAACGACAUUGAGGCAUAUGAUAUCCGCACUGACAACUGGAUGUACAUGAAAGACCACCAAGAGCAUCCUCGUGCCUAUCACGGCACCGCCAUCCUCCAUGGGGAUCUCUACUGUGUUGGCGGCUUUGACAGGGUGAAUUAUUUCAACAGCGUGUGUAAAUUUAACCUGAGCUCACACACCUGGCAUGAGGUGGCAUCCAUGUACUGCCGCCGCUGCUAUGUGAGCGUCACCGUGCUGAACGGGUGCAUCUAUGCCAUGGGAGGUUAUGAUGGGCAUAUACGAUUCCGCUCUGCAGAGCGCUACAGGCCCAAGACCAACCAGUGGAGUCUGAUCGCACCCAUGCACGAGGUCAGGAGCGACGCCAGCUGCACAACACUCCACAACAAGGUUUACAUCUGUGGUGGUUUCAAUGGAAACCGAUGCCUGCAAACAGCUGAAUAUUACAUCCCAGAGACAGACCAGUGGACAAUGAUCAGCUUUAUGAGCUCCCGGCGCAGUGGGCUUGGCGUCAUGGCAUAUGCAGGCCAUGUUUUUGCAGUUGGUGGCUUUGAUGGUAUUGCCCGUCUGCAGAGCGCUGAGGCGUACAACCCCUGGACCAACACCUGGCAGAAUGCGGCCUCCAUGUUGACCCCCCGCAGCAACUUUGGCAUAGAAGUCCUUGACAAUCUGCUGUUUGUUGUCGGGGGCUUCGAUGGGCACUCCACCUGCUGUAAUGUUGAGUAUUACAACGCAACAACUGAUGAGUGGCAUCAGGCCUGUCACAUGGACGUUUCCCGCAGCGCCGUCAGCUGCUGCGUGGUGUCCAGACUCCCCAACAUGGAUGACUAUGUUUUCCCUCGAGACCUGCUGCGUUUGCAUUUCGGGGAUGAGGAUGAGGACAAGUCUGAUGGGUAUUUUAACUCAGACAACUUGUUCUAA